UCCCGCUCGGGAUCCAAUGGCGCCGUCGAUCCCGGCCAUGGCCCGCCCCCACGCCCCAGCCUCGCGGAAUCAAGCCCGGCCCCUCCGUCCGCGACCUCCUUAUCCCUCCACGGCCAUGGCCUCGGCCUCCCUUCCCCGACCGCCAAGACGCCGGCGCGGAGGCUACUCUCCGCCACCGUCAGGGCCAUGGCGCCGGCCAGCCCCAGCAAAGGUACUGCACAGUCGCGGCGGCGGACGGCAAGUUCAUGCCGGUCAUCGACAGAAAGGCCGGCUACUCCUUCGUCUGCCCAUUCGGAUGGCAGGAGGUGUCUGUGCAAGGGCAGGACAAGGUGUACGAGGACGUGAUCGAGCCGCUAGAGAGCGUCAGCAUCAACAUGACCCCCGCCACUAAGGAAGACAUCCGCAACCUCAGCCCGCCUGACCCCGCCGUCCGCGAGUGGACCUCAAGACUGCUGUGUACCACGCCGAUGACGUCCUCGACGACUUCCGCCAACCCAGAUUCGCCGCCGCUGCUCCACUGCUCGCAAGGGCUACGACUUGAUGGUCCCGCUGCAGUUUUUCUUCGCUUGAUAAUUCUUUUACUGUCUGACCUGCUCUGCUCUGCAUAGUUUCUAGUUGGUUAUAAAACCAUAAAAUUGUGGUGAUGUGAGGUCCGACUAUGCUUUGUAAUUUUGGUUUCAUCCCUCACCACUCCAGCUAGCUUCUUCUUCACAUCAUAUUAUAUUUGCACCUGCUGUGUAUCAUUGAUUGGAUGGUCACCUGCUGCUGCAUCAUAAGUAGCUUAGCUUGUUUUGCCAUCGAAUCAGUCAAUUCUGUUUCACUAUGCUUGUUUCUCGUGCUAGGUCUGUCAGUUACAGCAUAAACAAACAAAUUGCUUAGCUGUCAACUCUGAAUACUUAGCUAGCUGAACCUACCUGUUCUUUCUUUCUUCAGAGCUAUGACUUAUAUGGGUCAAGUUGCUAUUCUUGCUGUGCUCGAGGAUACUAUUGCUGCCUGUAUACUGAUACAUUUGGUGAUAUUGAACUGAACCAAAGUUGUGAAUGUAUCAUUAUUGUCCUACUGCUACUUAUCAUGGGCUCACCUGCCCUUUAAUCAAGCGCGACCCAGCUAGCUGUAUGAAAAACAACAUGUUAGGGAUGAUCACAAUUUGAUAAUCUAGAAUGAAAUUUGCAAUUCAAUAUUCCCUUGAGAUUGAGACACCUUAGUUUGAUAGUAUGCUUGCUCCUCUAGUGUUAAUAGCUUAGUGUUUUGUUUUGGGGUUUCUUAAUGUUCUUGUGCUUUAAGAACAAUACUAAGUUUUUUUUAAUCAUGGAGCUGUUUCUGUUGAUUAAAAAUGUGUGUAGAUUAUCCACCUCAGCGACGCUAUCCCAAUCAGAUCAUUGUUGGCACUAUCAUCAUCAGGUCUUGGUUCCCUUUAUUCUCUCCUGCCUUGUGAUGUUAGUCUGUGUGGGCUUACUAGUAUUGUAGAUGUUGUCUUGAAUGGAUGGUCGUGGUAGUAGAGUAGUACUGUACUUUUCUUCAGGUGAAUGUGUUGCAGUGACGUUCCUUGCAUGACCUGCACUUGUACCAAUAUACCUUGCUGGUACCCGCAGGUUAGUAUUGUUAGUGCCUAACAUGAGCUUGAGUGCUGUAGUGGAAGUGUAGAACAACAGCGGGUUAACGUGUUUUGUUUGCCGUAUGCAAGUCUGUUGUUUUAUUUGCCCUUUCUAGUAUUGUACAAACUGAUGCAUUCCUGUCAUAAACAAAUUAUUGUAUAAGAUAUGUAAAAGCAAACAUUUCCCUAUGCAAGUCUGUUGUUUUAUUUGCCCUUUCUAGUAUUGUAUGAUACUCUCCAAAUUUAGGACUACUGGGUGGAUCUGCCAUGCUGCUUAUAUUAGAGUUGCCAUUGCAUUUGUUUGGUUCUGGCCUCAGCAGCAAUACACUAAUGCUGGUAGAAUUUGUGUUCACUCAUUUCCAGGAGUGCCAGGACAAAUUUGAAGUGUGAAGCCAUGAAACCAAGUGCAAAGCCGUGAUGCCUUACUUGCGAGAGAUUUGUUUAUUUUGUUUGACUGUGAUAGACUGUCGAGAUUGUGACAUUGUAACAGAUUUACUAUUAUUUGAUAAAUUACUUUUGUUC